ACCAAUCAAUUUUUAAAUUUUUGAAAAAAGAAUGCAGAUGAGAAUUUAAUUGAAUUUGGGAUUAGAAUUGAAUCUGACCUGAGCCAGGUGGAUGGGUUGAACCAUGUCAACCCAGCGGCUUAUGGGCUAAUGCAGAUUCAAUGUAUUUGACAACUCUGCAGGCCAAUGCAUGAUGGCCCAUGCCCAUGGCUUGGCUCGAUACGACUUGGCUUAGAUUCUGCUUAGUGUGGCUUGGUGCUACUCAGUUUGCUGCCCAAUGCUGUGGCUUGAUUGAUGUCCAGCUUGUGACCAUCUUACCACACAAGUAGUGGCCCAGCCAUAGCACCUAUGCAUGCAGUUUGGUUCAGCUCAAAUCCUCUGUUAUAUCUCAAGUUUGGCCUGCUCAUGGGCCACAAUGGCUCAACAUUUGUGGCCCUUUCGUAGCCCAUCCUCUAGCCCUUUGUGCCGGUCUAUGUCCUGUAUGGUGGCUGAACCAGAUCGGUUUGGCCGGUUCCAGGUGAUUCCAGAUCAAUUCUGAUCGGUUUAAGUCUGUUUAGCUUAAAUUGACCAUCCCAAAUCCAAUUAGACCAGUUUAGGUUGAAGGCUGGUUUUAUGUUAAUUUGAUGCCAUUCAGUUGGGUUUUAUCUGAAAUCAAUUCGGUUCAAGUCAAUUGGACCGCUUUUGCUAGGGUUCAAUUAGGUGUUGUAGAUGGAUCGACAUUUGAUGAUAUGGAUGUUUGAUGGAUUUCAAAGAUUUGUUGAUGUAUUCGUUAUUGAUUUGAAUGAAAUUGAUGAAAUUGUAAUGUGAAAUUGGAUUAUAUGACGAAAAUGACUGAUAUAAGCUGUGAUAUGAGGACUAUGUUUCUCGUAGGCCAAUAUUGGUAGGGCAACUCCCUUAGGCGAUUAGUGGGCUUUCAGAGAUAGUUCCUUCGUUGUAGGAAGGAAUAUAUUCUCUCACUUUGGCAGAUGAGGGGCACCACAUCAUCUAUUCAUUGUUGGGAACAUAAGGAGUCCAUCCCGUGAGGUAAGACCUCUCCAUCCGUUGAGUGCACUAUUGAUUGCCCAACCUACUCCAUCUUGUGAACAUGAGACUCGAGACUCGUGAUGAUUUUGAUAAUGAUAUGUGGCAUGAACUGAUUGACAUUUGUUUAUGAUUUACUCAGUGUGAGGCUUUGUUAUAUGUUAUGAGAUGGUAUUUUGAGAGGAUACUACUCAGCAUCUUUGCUGUUAUCUUCUGUUUUUGUUAUUGUUUUUUCAGUUCAACCUUCUGAUAUUAAUUGCGAUUUUGGCACAGAGAAGACCAUCAUCUACUCAUCUAUUGCCAGGUUAAAGAUGGUGUUCAACCAUAGCAAACAAUCUUCUGCUGAUCACACAUCUGACCGAUUUGCUUAUGAGCGUGCAAGACAUCUGGCUUCUGAUGAUCAACUUGCACAAUAUGCUGAAGAUUCUCCAUCUCUGGCUAUCCCUGCUAAAUCACCAGCUUCAGGUAAAGGGAAGAAGGAUUUUUUGAGCUGUCACAAAGAUUUUGAGAACGAGACUGCUGAUCAUUCCUAUGACAACUCUCAUAAUGGUCUCAGUGGCAAUCCUAGUCUGUCAUGGGUGACAGGCAACACUAGCAUGGAUAUUUGGUUAGAUAAUGGCAAACGAUCUCUUUGUGAUGGUGAGACUUGUGAACAUGGUAGCAAGCGUUCGAAGCAAGCGGACCAAAAUUUACAAUUGUGUUCGUCCAAAAUUUGCAUCAGUGCUUUCGAGGAGUCACCUUCAGUUGGUUCUGAGGAUAGGAAGGAUAGAGGGACUGCUGCUGUUGCUGGCGAUCUUGUUAAUCAGGCAACUAGCAGCAAUUGGUUCAGCCGAGAAUCUGCUUUGGACUCACCUAUUAGGAUACCUUCCUAUCCUAGUUAUUAUGGAGAUACCUGUCAGGCAACUGAAUCUGAUCAAGUCGAGGAUAGAUAUUCACCUGUUUUUGAUUACCAUGGUCGGAAACAUGUUCCUAUUGGUGCUAAUCAUCAGGCUGAUCUUCCAGAGUGGGGGUCCCAAGAUUUUAAGAACCAUAUAAGGGAUAAUGAUGUUUGUGCAUCUCCAAUGACCCCAGUGACAACUUCACUGUCGUGUGAUAAUGUUGUAAUUGAUGGGGAUGACGGUGAUAAAUGGGUUGGGACAUGUGUAAUUCCUAUGCCUGAUUCUGCAGUAUUGGCUUCAGAUGUUUUAGCCUACCAUAAGAUGGAGUGUAGCUGUCUAGAUGCGGGUUCGAUUAGAUGUGUGAGGCAGCAUGUGAUGCAAGCUAGACAAAAGCUCAAGCAAAAGUUGGGGCACAAAACAUUUUUAGAGCUGGGUUUUGGCAAUAUGGGCGAGGUUGUAACUGAAAAAUGGACUGAAGAGGAGGAACAACUAUUUUAUGAAGUUGUGUUAUUAAAUCCUGCAUCGCUGGGCAAGAACUUCUGGAAGAAAUUGCCUCAGGUGUUUCCUACUCGAAGUAGUAAAGAACUAAUAAGCUACUACUUCAACGUAUUCAUGCUUCGAAAGCGAGCUGAACAGAAUAGAUUGGAUCCACUGCAUGUAGACAGUGAUGAUGAUGAAUGGCAAGAAAGUGAUGAUGGUGAAUCUUCAACGGAAGAAGAAGAUUCUGUUGUCGAAUCUCCUCCAGCAGAUCAAGAUGUUGCUGGUGAAGAAGAUGAUCUCGAGGAAGCAGAAAUAGCCGAGGAAGAUGAUGAUGUAGAGGAUUGUGUUUAUUACCACCUUUCUGGGUACAAUGAGAAACAGCCCUCUGGUGAUAUAAACAGACACAUUGUUGGUGAGUCAACCCUUCAUUCUAGCAUGACUGCGAGCAAUUUGCACCAUUUCAUGGAGGAGCAUGACAUUCAGGAUGAUUCAUGCACAUCUUACGAGGGCCAGCACAAUGGGGUUGUUUCAUGUGAUGCUGUUGAUAUAUCUGACUUGCAUCAUGGGUUGAUUGAGGACCAUGAGAACUUGCACAACGAGAACCGCAAUGAUGGUCUGAGUGGGUUAGCAGAUUAUGGUUUCUUUGAUGGCCAUUCUGAUCUAAAAUCAUGGGAUAUGAGGUAUAGCUGUGGAACAGAGAAAGAUGACUUCUUUUCGACAUGUAACGUGAUAGAGGAGGUGUUUGGAAAAGAACCUUUGGAUAAGUGAAAGCCUAGCUGUCGUGAUCUUGGCAGUUCUUGAUUAGUGUCGGGUAUUUGCUUCCUUGCUUUAUCUUGUGUUGCCCUUCAUGAGGCAUUUUUCUGAGUUGAAAGCUUUGGUCUCCUACGAUUAGGUUUCCUAAUCAAAUCAAAUCGGUUUAGCCUUUUGUGUCUUCCCUUUGUAAAUUAUGUGAAUUAGGGGCUGUCCUGCCUUGUGAAGAAAAUUGUGUAAUCGAGAACCUUAUAUAUCGGUACAAUCCAUUUUUUCUUUCUGAAUCAUCCAUGGUCUUGGGGAACUUGUCAGGGAAGAUAAAGCUAUUGAAUCUGGCAAAAUGUAUGGUCAUGAGUUCACCUAAAUAUUUGUUUGUCAUAGAACUAUUUGUUCUUGUAAAUUUAUAUGAAUAUUUUCUCUAGCA